CUGUCUCUGUCUUUGGCCGCUGCUGGCUGCUCGCUGGGCUGAACCUGGCCAGGGCCCUGCGGGUCUCAGGUGGCCGCUGAUGGGAGGCGGCGCGGCGAGGAGGCCAUGGGGAACAAGCAAACCAUCUUUACGGAGGAACAGCUGGACAACUACCAGGACUGCACCUUCUUCAACAAGAAGGACAUUCUCAAGCUGCAUGCCCGCUUCUAUGAACUGGCUCCCAACCUUGUGCCUAUGGACUACAGGAAGAGCCCAAUUGUACACGUUCCCAUGAGCCUCAUCAUCCAGAUGCCAGAGCUGCGGGAGAACCCUUUUAAGGAGCGGAUCGUGGAGGCAUUCUCCGAGGAAGGGGAUGGCAACCUCACCUUCAACGACUUUGUGGACAUGUUCUCUGUGCUCUGCGAGUCAGCGCCCAGAGACCUCAAGGCCAGCUACGCCUUCAAGAUCUACGACUUCAACACCGAUAACUUCAUCUGCAAGGAGGACCUGGAGAUGACACUGGCCCGGCUCACCAAGUCGGAACUGGAGGAGGACGAGGUGGUGCUGGUGUGUGAAAAGGUCAUUGAGGAGGCUGACCUGGAUGGGGACGGCAAGCUGGGUUUUGCUGACUUUGAGGACAUGAUCGCCAAGGCCCCUGACUUCCUCAGCACCUUCCACAUUCGAAUCUGAGGACUUGGUCCAGAAGCCCAGCUUCCAGCUCAGCCAGGCUCAGCUGGUCCCCAGGAUGAGCCUUUGGCAUUGGGUGCACCCAAGGACAUUUACUAGCCCUUUGAGGAAAAAAGUCCUUAACCAGGGAAAGAGGUGGGGCAUGUCUCUUCCCAGAACCACGGUCUAGGCCCAGAACUUCCCUCAGCCCUGACUUAUGCCCCAUUACUGUGAAAGGGGACAAGUUCUGACCUGUCCAGCAGCUGGGCCCAGGGCAAAGAGCCACCAGAUGUGUUUGGGAACAUGGUGAAGCUUCCGUCAGACCCACCUGCCUCCAACCCCUGAGCCAGGGGACAGGCUGCCCCUGCCCAUCGCGGCCGUCCUGUACAGACCCCAGUUCCUUAGUAAAGCCGUUUUUCUCCUAUUCUGUCUAUC